AUGGUAGUCACAUUCACAUCCAAAAGAAGAAGUUAAGGUCUUGUCUCAAUGGCUUCUUCUGGUCUUCAAAUGAAAUUUGUUACAUGUUCAAUUGUGCUGCUAGUACUCUUUGUUACAAUAGCUACUAGUGCUGAUAUAUUCCUUGAUUGGCGCGUUUCCUUGGACUUCAAUAUUAAGCCAGUGUCUUCAGAUCAACCGGUUAUAACAAUCAAUGGCAUGUUCCCUGGACCCCUUAUAAAUGCAACUACAAAUGAUCAUAUUCAUGUUAAUGUUUUCAAUGAUUUGGAUGAACCCUUGCUAUUUACAUGGAAUGGCAUACAACAAAGAUUAAAUUCAUGGCAAGAUGGAGUAUCUGGUACAAACUGUCCCAUCCAACCUGGAACAAAUUGGACUUAUGUUUUUGAAACCAAAGACCAGAUUGGCACUUUCUUCUACUUUCCUUCAAUCAAUUUCCUUAAAGCUGGUGGAGGGUUCGGUCCGAUUCGAGUUAAUAAUCGCUCGGUGAUAAGUGUUCCUUUUCCAAAACCUGAAGCUGAGUUUGAUCUUUUAAUUGGUGACUGGUACAAUAGUAGCUACAAGGAUAUUAGGUCAAGGUUGGACAGUAUGGAUAUUGUUUCCCCAAGUUGGAUGUUAAUAAAUGGAAAAGGGCCAUAUAUGAAUCUUUUUUCAAAAUCAUAUGAGACUUUCAAAGUUACACAAGGCAAAACAUAUUUGCUUAGGAUAUCAAAUGUAGGGACAGCGUGGAGCUUCAAUUUCAGAAUUCAAAAUCAUCAAUUGCUUUUGGUUGAAACUGAAGGAUCUUAUGUGAAUCAAAUAAAUUUGGAGUCUCUUGAUGUUCAUGUAGGCCAAUCCUACUCAGUUCUUGUCACAGCUAAUCAAAAUGCUGCUGAUUACUAUAUAGUUGCCUCUCCUAAAAUGAGUAAUGCUACACAAAACAACAGUCUUGUUGGUAUUGCUAUGCUUCAUUAUGAUAAUUCCACAACACAGGCUAAUGGGUCUCUCCCAAGUGGUCCAGAUCCAUUUGAUUUGGAAUUCUCCAUCAGCCAAGCUAAUUCCAUUAGGUGGAAUUUGACAACUGGUGCUGCAAGGCCUAAUCCACAAGGAACCUUCAAUGUAACAAAUGUGACAAUAUCUCAGACUUUGAUUCUACAAGCAUCAACAGCAACAAUUGAUCGAUCACCUCGCUACACUGUCAACAAUGUGUCAUACUUGACCCCAGAUACACCACUGAAGCUAGCUGAUCAUUUUUCCAAUAGUUCUGGAGUAUAUCAACUUGAUGCUUAUUCAAAGAACGCUUCGAAUGUUAUCGCUGUGCGAGAUGUUUUUGUAGCUAGUGCAGUACAUAAAGGGUGGGCAGAGAUAGUGCUUAAGAACACUCUAACCACCAUUGAUGCUUGGCAUUUGGAUGGAUAUAGCUUCUUUGUUGUUGGAUUGGGAGAAGGAGAAUGGAAAGAAGAGUCAAGGUCAAGUUAUAACCUUUUUGAUCCUGUAGCUAGGUCUACUGUGCAAGUGUUUCCUGGAGGGUGGAGUGCAGUUUAUGUAUACCCUGACAAUCCAGGAAUGUGGAACUUGAGAUCACAGAAUUUGCAAAGCUGGUAUUUAGGUCAAGAGCUUUAUGUCAGGGUUUAUGAUCCUGAUCCUAACCCUGCCAAAGAGAGACCCCCUCCACAGAAUCUCCUCUUGUGUGGUAAAUUUCAACCUUCAGCUCCAUCUUCACCUCCACCUCCUGCUCCCUUAGUGUCACCACCACCCCCAUCAUCUAAGGCAUACAAUUCACAUACAACAAGGUCUCUAAUUGCUAUGAUCACCACUGCCAUAUGUUUCCUCUGUAUUGGUUUCCAUUAAGGUGUGCACCUUUAUUAAGGAGAUAGAAGAUAUGCAAAUUGUAACAUCAAGAAUGAAAGCAAUUCCCUAGAUUCUUUAUCUUGUUUUACAACAAAUUAAUUAUGAAAGCUAUAUAGUUAGGUAACAACAUUGGUUAGCUUUCAUUGUAUACAAGAAAAUUAAGGUUUGCAAUAUCAAUUUUUGGACACACUUUAUGGAUGUUGCUUUAACAACAUAAAGGGUAGAAAAGGAUGCAUGUUUUAGUGUCACCAUCAAGCAAUUGCAAGGUCGUCUUGAUUGGCAUGUGAUUACUAGCAAACACUUUUUACAACUUAAUUCAUUCCCCUUUCAAUCAUGUAUAGUCCUCU